CUUCACUGAAAAAAAAAAGGCUACAAACUUAAAAUGAGUGGCUCUGCAAUUUUUUAUGUUGCUCUGUUUCUUGUACUGCCUUCUCUUCUUUAUCAAGAAGUUCAGGGGAAGCCGCUGAUUGGUGGGUGCGAUCUUUUUCAAGGAAGAUGGGUCGCCGAUGUGUCGUACCCUCUUUACAACGUGUCGGAUUGUCCUUUUGUUGAGAAAGAAUUUGAUUGCCUUGGAAAUGGCCGCCCCGAUCAGCUCUAUCUCCGAUACCGGUGGCAGCCAGAGGGCUGCCUCUUGCCCAGAUUCAAUGGUGAAGCAUUCUUGAGGCAAUUUAGUGGAAAGAGCAUCAUGUUUGUGGGAGACUCCUUGAGUUUGAAUCAAUGGCAAUCCUUUACUUGUAUGCUUCACAAGUUUGCUCCACAAGCCACUUAUACCAUUACUAGAAUUGGAGCCUUGUCCAAAUUUACUUUCCUAGAAUACAAGCUGAAUAUCAUGUUUUCCAGAAAUGCAUUUCUGGUAGAUAUUAUAGGCACAAAAAUGGGUAGGGUGCUGAUGCUCGACUCUAUAGAGACAGCAAAAAUGUGGAAAGGAAUUGACGUCUUGAUAUUCAAUUCAUGGCAUUGGUGGCUGCACACCGGAAGAAAGCAACCAUGGGAUUUGAUUGAAGAUGGAAAAAACAUGUACAAGGAUAUGAAUCGAUUGGUGGCAUAUGAGAAAGGACUAAGAACUUGGGCUAAAUGGAUUAACCAAAAUGUGGAUCCUUCUAAAACCAAGAUCUUCUUUCAAGGCGUUUCUCCAGACCAUUCCGAUGGGAAAUUGUGGGGGGAGGCCGGAGGGAACUGCAGCGAAAAAACGAGGAUUUUGGGCGGGCCGGAGUAUCCAGGGGGCCCACAUCCGGCGGAGCAGACGGUGGAGAGAGUGCUGGAAGGGAUGUCGAAGCCAGUGUAUUUGCUGAAUAUCACCAAACUUUCACAGCUGAGAAUAGACGGCCACCCCUCCGUGUACGGCAGCGGCGGCCACAGAGCCAUGGACUGUAGCCACUGGUGUCUCGCCGGCGUUCCUGAUACUUGGAACGAACUAUUAUACGCAGCUCUCCUUCCAAAUAACAACCAUCAUCAUCUUUAAUUUCAUUUUUCAUAUUCUUCUUCUUUUACCACAGAAAACGAGACACACAGAAAUGGAUUUGAUUAAAUUUCAGAUAAAUAAAAAAAAAAAAAUGUGUCAUUUCCCAAUUUAUUACA